AUGCUGGUGCCCAGGUCCCCUGCUCUCUUGUGCUUCCUGGUCCUGUGGCUGGACUUCUGCAGAGGGGAGCCGGCGGAGCGAGGGGCGGAGAAGGCGCCCACGGAGGGAGUCCCCCUGGCGACGGAGGCAGAGGACCAGGGCUGCCCGGUCUGCAUGUGGCGGAAGCACAGCAAGGAGAUGCGGCUGGAGAGCAUCAAAUCGCAGAUCCUCAGCAAGUUGCGGCUCAAGGAGGCGCCCAACAUCACCCGGGAGGUGGUGAACCAGUUGUUGCCCAAGGCCCCCCCGCUGCAGCAGAUCUUGGACUUGCACGACUUCCAGGGGGACUCCUUCCAGCACGACGACUACCUGGAGGAAGACGAGUACCAUGCCACCACCGAGACUGUCAUCAGCAUGGCACAGGAAACGGACCCUGUUGUGCAGAUUGAAGGCAACCCACACUGUUGUUUCUUCAACUUCAGCCCCAAGAUUAUGUUCACCAAGGUGCUAAAAGCACAGUUGUGGGUGUAUCUGCGGCCUGUUCAGCACACCUCCACGGUGUACCUACAGAUCCUGCGCCUCAAGCCAGUGACAGAGGAUGGCAGCCGCCACAUCCGUAUCCGCUCACUCAAGAUUGACCUGAACUCUCGCAUUGGUCACUGGCAGAGCAUUGAUUUCAAACAUGUGCUGCAGAACUGGUUCAAGCAGCCACAGAACAACUGGGGCAUCGAGAUCAACGCUUUUGAUCCAAAUGGGAAUGACCUGGCUGUCACCUCACUUGGGCCUGGUGCUGAAGGUCUGCACCCCUUCAUGGAGCUGCGCGUUCUGGAGAACAACAAACGGUCCCGGCGGAAUCUGGGCCUAGACUGUGAUGAGCACUCAACUGAGUCACGGUGCUGCCGUUAUCCACUGACCGUUGACUUUGAGGCAUUCGGUUGGGAUUGGAUUAUCGCCCCCAAGCGGUACAAAGCCAACUACUGUUCAGGCCAGUGUGAAUAUAUGUUCAUGCAGAAAUAUCCCCACACCCAUCUGGUGCAGCAGGCCAACCCUCGGGGUUCAGCAGGGCCUUGCUGCACACCCACUAAGAUGUCCCCCAUCAACAUGCUGUACUUCAAUGAUAAACAGCAGAUCAUCUAUGGCAAAAUCCCCGGCAUGGUUGUUGACAGGUGUGGAUGCUCUUAA